CUUGACACCGGAAGUGUAACAUUCAGUGAAGCAAGAAAACAGAAACGCAUGUGGCUCGGCUUUAAGUUACAGAUAAAUUCAUCUCUUCGUGAAUCCCAGCUGCUGUCGAGCUGCCUUUAAACACUGCCUUCCUUACAGAGGCACAAUUACUCUUUUCUUUCUUUCAAGCUGGUGGAGGAACCUGAAGCUCACCUUUGAUAAUGUCACAGGCCACCAAACGCAAGCAUGUUGUGAAGGAAGUUCUUGGAGACUUUGUCAUUCCCACAGAGAACCAGCAGAUAGUAAAGGUUACUGGUAGCCGUGGUAACAACCUCCAUGAAGCUGUCACGGCGCAGGGCGUGACGUUCCUGGUGAGCAUGCCCCCCAAGUUCCGCAAGAACCUCUGGAUCAAGAGAGGUGACUAUGUGAUCGUGGAUCCCAUUGAGGAAGGAGAGAAGGUGAAGGCAGAGAUCAGCUUCAUUCUCUACAAAGAUCACAUUCAGAACCUGCAGAAACAGCAGCUCUGGCCGCAGGGGUUCACAGAGGAGCCACUGGAGCCGCAAAAGACUCAAAAAGGGCAGGAAAAGAGAGAGGACACGGGGGAUAAAGACGAAGAAGACUUUAGUGACUCUGAGGAUGACGAGAGCGACCUUUUUGUAAACACCAACCGCAAUAACUACCAGUACAUUGAGAGCGAGGAGGAGGACAGUGAUGAGGAAGAAGAAGAUGGCAAAGAGAAAAGGACAGAAAAUGGUUCGUAGUGGCAGAGAUGAGGAGGACACGGACAAUCAGGAGAGCUGUAAAAUAAAUCAUGAGUCAGCACCCUGCUGAUAUCGCUGACUAAGUGAUGAUGAUGAUCUGAAACCUCGAUCCUCAUGCAACUGCUCGCUCUAGGUAGCCUGUUGUUGACGCUUCAUUGAACGGACUUGUAUUUAAAGGACCAGUGUUAAGAAUGUAGAGCAGAAAAUAAUUAUAAUAUUCAUAACUGUUUUCCAGAGUGUAUAAUCACCUAAAACUAAGAAUUGUGUUUUCGAACUUGGGCCUUUUGCGUGUUGAAGUGGCAGUCUUAACUUGGUUCAAGAAUCCACAUGGCUGAAGAAGCGGUAGAUUGUGCUGGGUUUGUGAAGUGUUUAAGAACCCAACAUUUAAUACAUGGGGGAAUUAAAUCCACACACUGAUCUUUUGAUGGAACGAAAUAAGUUUUGCUUGUUAAGGCCCUGACACACCAGGCCGUAUUCGGCCGUCUUGCGUUGUCUAGCGACAACGCGUUCCUUGUCGCCCAAAGUCAAUUUGGUGUGUCCCGAACCCUCGGCCGUGACACGCCUUAUUUGGCCUUUCACGGUCGACACCCGGCCGAUUCAACAUGUUAUAUGCUUAAGAAAAAUUGGAAAUAUGCAAUAUCAAACUUGACCUGAAAUUGAAAAAGAAUGCUGUAUUACUUCAUCAUCACUUUCUACUGUACUUUCAGUGUCUUACUGAAAAGGACCUCUAGUGCAGCCUUUACUUGAUCACCAAUAUAACGGGUCAUAACGUUCCUAUGCAGGAUAAUGUAGAUGUGAACUGUUCAUAGAUUCAUACCGUUAGACACUCACAACAAUGAAAUACUCAAAACCUCCUCACUAAUGACGGAGCACUUACAUGGUUAUUCUGUUAGUUUAGGAGUUGGGUGUGAGGUGUAACACCCUUACAGUUUUGCUGUUCCUCAGGAGGCCAUUGUUUGGACUUUUGCCGCUCUUUGUAUUAAUUUGAGUUGACCUCAAGCUGUUGUACUUAAUAAGCUGCCAUUGUGAUCGCUUUGUGCAUCAUCUGACAUUCCUUACCCGUUCUCUGAUUUUGGUUUGUGUAAUAAUGAACGUUUUGAAAUAGAUCUUCUCUUUGUAAAGAAUGUUAUCUCUUCUUGAAACAUUUCCCCUGAAGCAUGAAAAUUCACGUCCAAAAUUACUAUAUGUAUACAUGUGUAAAUUCCACUCAAAUGAGCUCACAAUACUUGGAAGUAAAAAAAAAAAGCAUGAUUGAAAUUCCAGUGAAACCAGUCUUACAGGACGUUCUUUCUGAUGCAGGAUGCUCACUAGGUGUAAGUCAACAUGCUUUAAAUGCAGACAGGUGCUGAGUGCUUAACUUAAACUGUUGCUACAUUUUGCAUUAUAAGGACACUUGUGAAAUAACAUGAUGUGGAUGAAGAACUUC